AUGCAGACCCUCAGACACCACCUUGAUUUGAACGACGAUGGCGUGAUCACACUUCGCGAGUUCAAGGUUGGAAUGGGGCUAGUCGAGGAUCCCAUUGACUGGAGAAAGGUGUUUGACGCACUAGACCAGUCGAAAACUGGCGAAAUUACGACAGAAGAAAUAAAGUCCAUAUUCGAUCGUCUGGAUAUACCAAUGGUUUCCGCGGGCAUCGUGGAAUGGGUUGCUCAGUGCGAUACAAACCAGAAUGGAACAUUGGAUUAUGAUGAAUUUCUCAAAUUUGUCAGGGCAGAAGCAACAAGACCAUUAUAA